AGGGGAGGAGCGGGCGGGGGCGGGCCUUGGCGCCCCAGGAGCUGCCGGGCAACUUUUCCCUGCUCACACCCGGGAGCGGGAGAGAAGCCCUCGGGACGAAUUCUGGGGAGUCUUUGGGGUUCUUGGGUCCCGGUGCAAACCCAGAGCAGCUCCAGUGCCCAGGGCGGGCUCGGGAUGCGGCCAAGACCGACGAGCGGCGCGCGGCUGCGGCUGUUGCUAAUGCUCACUCAAGGCAUUUUAAACUGUUGUGUGGCAUACAAUGUUGGCCUCCCAGAAGCAAAGAUAUUCUCUGGUCCUUCAAGUGAACAGUUUGGCUAUGCAGUGCAGCAGUUUAUAAACCCAAAAGGCAACUGGUUACUGGUUGGUUCACCAUGGAGUGGCUUUCCUGAGAACCGAAUGGGAGAUGUGUAUAAAUGUCCUAUUGAUCCCUCUACCACUACAUGUGAAAAACUGAAUUUGCAAACUUCCACGAGCAUUUCCAAUGUUACUGAGAUGAAAACCAACAUGAGCCUUGGCUUGACACUGACAAGGAACGCGGGAACGGGAGGAUUUCUUACCUGCGGUCCCCUGUGGGCACAGCAGUGUGGAAGCCAGUAUUACACAACCGGGGUUUGCUCUGAUGUCAGUCCUGAUUUUCAGCUCCUGACCAGCUUUUCACCUGCAGUUCAGGCCUGCCCUUCCCUCAUAGAUGUUGUGGUUGUAUGUGAUGAAUCAAACAGUAUUUAUCCCUGGGAUGCAGUAAAGAAUUUUUUGGAAAAAUUUGUCCAAGGCCUGGAUAUAGGCCCACAAAGACACAGAGGUGGUUUUACUCAGUAUCUUGUCUUACGAUCUAAACAUGACCUUUCUGUGGGAUUAAUUCAGUAUGCCAAUAACCCAAGAGUUGUGUUUAACCUGAACACUUUUAAAACCAAAGCUGAAAUGGUUGAAGCAACAUCCCACACAACCCAAUAUGGUGGAGACCUCACAAAUACGUUCAAAGCAAUUCAAUAUGCAAGAGAUUCCGCUUAUUCAGCAGCUGCUGGUGGACGACCAGGUGCUACCAAGGUCAUGGUGGUUGUAACUGAUGGGGAAUCCCAUGAUGGUUCAAUGCUGAAGGCCGUGAUCGAUCAAUGCAACAACGACAAUAUACUGAGGUUUGGCAUAGCAGUUCUUGGGUACUUGAACAGAAAUGCCCUAGAUACUAAAAAUUUAAUAAAAGAAAUUAAAGCAAUUGCCAGCAUUCCAACAGAAAGAUACUUUUUCAAUGUCUCUGAUGAAGCAGAUCUACUGGAAAAGGCCGGGACAUUAGGAGAACAAAUUUUCAGCAUUGAAGGUACUGUUCAAGGAGGAGACAACUUCCAAAUGGAAAUGUCACAAGUGGGAUUCAGCGCAGAUUACGCUCCUCAAAAUGAUGUUCUGAUGCUGGGUGCAGUAGGAGCUUAUGACUGGAGUGGGACUGUUGUUCAGCAGACACCUCAUGGACAUUUGAUCUUUCCUAAACAAGCCUUUGACCAGAUCCUGCAGGACAGAAAUCAUAGUUCAUAUUUAGGUUACUCUGUGGCUUCAAUUUCUACUGGAAAAAGCAUCCACUUUGUUGCUGGUGCUCCUCGGGCAAAUUAUACUGGCCAGAUAGUCCUGUACAGUGUUAACGAGGAUGGCAAUGUCACAGUUAUUCAGUCUCACAGAGGCGACCAGAUUGGCUCCUAUUUUGGUAGUGUGCUUUGUGCAGUGGAUGUGGAUAAAGACACCAUUACAGACGUGCUCUUGGUAGGUGCGCCAAUGUACAUGAAUGACCUAAAGAAAGAAGAAGGAAGAGUCUACCUGUUUACUAUCACAAAGGGUGUUUUGAAUUGGCAUCAAUUUCUGGAAGGCCCUGAGGGUGUGGAAAAUGCGCGGUUUGGCUCUGCGAUUGCAGCUCUUGCAGACAUCAACAUGGAUGGCUUUAACGACGUGAUUGUUGGUUCACCUUUGGAAAAUCAGAACUCUGGAGCUGUGUACAUCUAUAAUGGCCAUGAGGGCACCAUUCGCCUGAGGUAUUCCCAGAAAAUCUUGGGAUCCGAUGGAGCCUUUAGGAGCCGUCUCCAGUACUUUGGGAGAUCCCUGGACGGCUAUGGAGAUUUAAAUGGCGAUUCCAUCACCGACGUGUCCGUUGGUGCCUUUGGACAGGUUGUUCAGCUCUGGUCACAGACGAUUGCUGAUGUAUCUGUAGAUGCUUCAUUCACACCAGAAAAAAUCAUUUUGCUUAACAAGAAUGCUGAGCUAAACCUCAAACUCUGCUUUAGUGCGAAGUUUAGACCUACUGACCCAAACAAUCAAGUGGCCAUUAUAUAUAACAUCACAAUUGAUGCAGACCAGUAUUCAUCCCGAGUAACCUCCAGGGGGUUAUUUAAAGAAAAUAAUGAAAGGUGCUUGCAGAAGACCAUGAUAGUAAAGCAAGCACAGAGUUGUUCUGAGCACAUCAUCCACAUACAGAAGCCCUCUGAUGUUGUCAACUCUCUGGAUCUGUGUGUGAACAUCAGUCUGGAAAACCCUGGCACCAGCCCUGCCCUCGAAGCCUACUCGGAGUCAGCCAAGGUCUUCAGUAUCCCUUUCUAUAAAGACUGUGGUGAUGAUGGAAUUUGCAUCUCUGAUCUAGUUCUAGAUGUUCAGCAGCUACCGGCCACUCAACAACAGCCAUUCAUUGUCAGCAACCAGAACAAAAGAUUAACAUUUUCAGUAACACUGAAAAACAAAAAGGAAAGUGCAUACAACACUGGAAUUGUUAUUGCUUUUUCAGAAAACCUGUUUUUUGCUUCCUGGUCCAUGCCGGUUGAUGGGACAGAAGUGACAUGCCAGAUCCCUUCAUCUCAGAAGUCUGUUACCUGUGAUGUAGGCUAUCCUGCUUUAAAGAGGGAAGAACAGGUGACUUUCACAAUUAACUUCGACUUCAAUCUUCAAAACCUUCAGAAUCGCGCAUCUGUCAGUUUCCAAGCCUUAAGCGAAAGCAAUGAAGAAAACAAGGCAGAUAAUUCAGUCAGCUUCAAUUUUUCUCUGCUGUAUGAUGCCGAAAUUCACAUAACAAGGUUCACCAACAUUAAUUUUUAUGAAGUCUCCUCGGAUGGGAAUAUUCCUUCUACAGUGCACAGUUUUGAAGACAUUGGUCCAAAAUUCACUUUCUCCAUUAAGGUAACAACAGGAAGUGUUCCAGUAAGCAUGGCAUCUGUGAGCAUCCACAUCCCUCAAUACACCAAGGGCAAGAACCCGCUGAUGUACGUGACUGGGGUGCACACAGACCAGGUCGGUGACAUCAGUUGCAAUGCUGAAAUAAAUCCACUGAAAAUAGGACAAACAUCUUCUUCUCUGUCUUUCAAGAGUGAAAAUUUCCGGCACAUAAAAGAAUUGAACUGUAGAACUGCCGCGUGUAGUAACAUCACCUGCUGGCUGAAAGACCUUCAAGUGAAAGGAGAAUACUUCCUUAAUGUGUCUACCAGAAUUUGGAACGGGACUUUUGCAACAUCGACUUUCCAGACAGUACAGCUGACAGCAGCUGCAGAAAUCGACACCUAUAACCCUCAGAUAUAUGUGAUCGAAGAAAACACUGUCAUGAUUCCCAUUACAAUAAUGAAACCCCAUGAGAAAGCUGAAGUACCAACUGGAGUUAUAAUAGGAAGUGUAAUUGCUGGAAUCCUUUUGCUAUUAGCUUUGGUUGCAGUUUUAUGGAAGCUCGGAUUCUUCAAAAGAAAAUAUGAAAAAAUGACCAAAAAUCCAGAUGAAAUUGAUGAGACCACAGAACUCAACAGCUGAAUCACCCAGCAGUUCCCACUGCAGAGGAAGUAGCAGCAUCACAGCCAGGGUUUACUGUUCUCAUGAAUGGGUUGUUUAAAAACCGCAGUGUAAUUUUUAAUGUAACAGGUAAACUAGCCUGAUAUUUUAUUUUUAAAAAACUGCAGGUCAGUUUGGAAAGAAAUUGGGGGUGCGUGGGGGGGUUGGGAGGGUAGGUGUCUAAAGACUCAAGGACUUAUUUUAUAUUCGGGUUCGGGGGGAGUGAUCUUUCUGCUGGCUGGUCCGGAGUUUACAUUAUAAUGUACAUUGUAGCAGAAAUACAAAAUGCUUCCAAACAGGAGAAGUCUUAAAGAAAACUAUAACCUUUCUGAGAUUUUAGGGGUGGUGGUGGGGAACCAUUUAAAAUGAUUGUUUUUAAACAAUGAAAGUGAAGUAGAAUCAAUAUAUAAUUAGGAUAUUAGUGCUGAUGGGGAAUAAUAAAAAACCACUGGUCUUGAAUUUCUGCUGCUCAUCCAAAAUUGCCAUAGAAGGUAUUUUCAGUGAUAAUUUGGUUUAUAAACUAGGUACAAUGUGCUGUUGUCAGCCCACACUUGCUUCUUCAGAGCCCCCUUUCCUUCCAUGGUAUUCUUAUCCUAACGUGCUAGAAUGACUGGUAGGAGCGCUCCUGCAGAGAAAAAUCUCCAUUUAAGGGGAAGGGGGGCGUUUAGAGGCCAAAGCACAAACUUUUGUUUCUAGUCUGUAACAACAUUUAUGGCAUGAUCCUGUCCGCUGCCAGUGGCCCUGCCUGGAAGGAAGAAGAAAUUUCCUUUUUCCUUCAGGACACACAAUGGCUGACUUGAAUGGCUGGCUGGCAAGGACCUUCUGCAUUUUUGAGAGAUGAGUAGUUUCUUUGGAAUCCUUCACCGAAUCUCUCUUCCACCUCCUGAUGCACCCAUUCGGCUGCUGCCCCCCUUCCUCUCCAGGAGUGCAGAGUUAUCCACCCUCCUGGAACCCCUUGUCUAAAUCCUUCAUUCCCAGGGCAGCUGCUCUUCUCCAGAUGUGAGAAGGAUGCCAUCUGUUUAACUUCCACACUUGCCUGAAUUACUGUAUAAUCCCCUUAACUUCAGAGAGCUACUUUCAUUUGUUGCUAAAUAUGUAAGAAAAAUAAGUCCAAGUGAACUUCUAAUUGCUGAGACUUCCGACAGCAUAAACAAGGUAAAACAUCUCAGGAAUUUUUCAAGACGCUACAAGGAGACAUCAAAAGCCAUCAAAUUAGCACAGGCACCCGCUCUACUUGUCUGUUUCUGGAGGCCUUAAACUUCCAGAAGAAAGACCUUCCCCUGGAGUUUGCUCACCAGGUGUAGAGUCUCAGGCCCCAGAUCCUGAGAGUCAGGUUUAGUUGGGGUGGAAUGAGGUCGUGUGACCCAUAUUUUAACAAGUGUCCCCAGUCCUUGUGAUGUAAAUGGGCCACCACGAGGAACACCACUUAGUUGCACCUUCUUUUCUCUACUUCUGAGCCCACACGAUCUCUAGGAGAGAGUCGGGGGGAAAGGGCACAGGCGAAGGCUGUGGGGACUUUUAUGUCAGAAAGUACAUACUGAAAGCUCUGGACAAGUCACUCAGACUCUAAACUUCAGUGUCCUCAUUACGAAAUGAGGAGACUGGGCUGGAGCUUAGCAGUGACGCUUUUAAAUUUAAAAACCCACAAUCUGGGUUUCUUAUAAGACAAAUAGACAAUCCUCCAAGAAUCUGACUCCAAAGAGAAGUCAGAGGGAAACAGGAAUCAGCUCAUGCAUGCGCCUGGCCUCCAUGACCAGGUAGGCCUGUCUGUACACUUCCGUGAUUUAUUUGUAUUUGACAAAACAAAGGGAUUAAAAAAAAAUUAGACAUAAAAUAUCACGGGUUUAUAGCAAAAACAGCAUGGUACUUUCUAGUUACACUGCUAGAGCCCAAUUCUUAUAACAGCCGUGUGGGUUCAAACACUGUUUCAUUCCAAGGAUAAUUACUUUUUUAAAAAGAGUGGAGGAGAAACUGGUCCUUAAUUGAUACAGACUAUUUAAUAAACUGAGUCACUGCUGUAUAUAUCUAUAUACUAGUUCAGUGUAACAUACUAUGAGUUAUACAUGUCAUCCUGUUAGGUUACUCUGCCUCACCAUCCUUAAACUAAGCUAAACUGAGGUCACAUACACACAGCGAGCUUGUGAGCUCUGGCAAGCCUUGUGCCUUAGAUAAUCCUCCUUGACGGUACUGUUGCCAUGAAGAAGCUGGAUUACUACAGACUGAAAAAUGGCCACUUGUCUCUGUACCGUUUACCACACUGAGGAAGGGUUUCUCAUCUUUGACACUACUGACAUUUGGGGCCAGGUAAUUUUUUUCAGGGGACUGUCCUGUGCAUUGUAGGAUGUUUAGCAGCCUCCCUGGCCUCUCUACCACCAACCAGAAGCAACCUCUCCCCCUAGUUGUGACCAUGUUUCCAGACAAUGUGUAACACCUCCUAGGAGGCAAAAUCAUUCUGACUGAGAACCGCUGCACUAAGAGCAAGUGGCCUGAGUAUACAGCAUUGUCAGAUCACAGAUUUGAGGCAGAGACUCUAGCGAGGAGUAUUUCUCCAGCACUUUUUAAGCAAAGACUAAGUAUUCAUCCCAGAAAUUAAAGAAUUGUUUGAAAGACAUAGCUAACUAUUCGUAUUCAGCCAUACUUUUGUUUUAAAAGUGAGGAAAUAUGGGGCUUAAAUGAUGCCAUCUUACAGUUUCCAUUUCAUAAAUGGUAUAUAGACAAUAUUCAUAGAAUGUGAUAAAAAUUGAGUUGCUUCAUGCAUGGUUGCCACACGAGCCUUAUGACAUAAUAACAUAGCAAAACAGAAGAAACUGUAUCAAGAUUUGAAAUUGUUCAUUGUUCAUUUUAGCAGCAAAAUGAGAACUGGACAGAUUCCUAGCUGCCUAUGUUAUUUAUAUAAAGUAGUAAAAGUUAUUAACUGUGAAAACUAAAACCAAUUUAUCAUAAUCACACAAGUGAUUAUACUAAAAGUUAUUAUAAAAGGUAUAAUUUUAUAAUGUAAUUUAUUAUACACAACUAUAACUUAAUUUAUGAAAACUAAUGAAUUAGGACACCAUUAUAUAAACCAUUAAACAGGAUUUCUCAAACUGAGCUCCCUGGUCCAUCUUUAAUCUUUCUACUUGCACACAAAAAAUAAUUAUAUACACAACUUUUUAGGACUAUGCCCUCAUUAACGCAUACUCAUUUUAAUCAAUCCAAAGACUAGCUAGCGGUAAGAAGUAUACAUGGGGGUAAAAUUUGAAAUAAAAAUGUUAACUAUUUCUCAACCUUAAAGAAUGAAAAUGUAGCCAUUAUGUAAAUAUAAAUAGAUGGUUUCAUAUGUACCUGAUUUAUUUUGGCAGAUAAGGUCAAACUGUAUAUAUUGCACAAUUAUGUUAAAAUUGUAUAUUUUUUAAAGACAUUGUCUUAGUUUCCUUCAUACAUAAUGUGUAAAAAUUUAAGAUGUGAUAAGUAUAUUUGCUUUUUUGGGAUUAACUGGUUUUUGUCUUUUUUCUUUCCGCCGAAAAUAUAAAAAUGCACGCAGGUUUGUACAUCGAGUUUCACAAUUCAUUUGAUUUCCGAGAAAUAAAAAUCAAAUUGGAGCAGCAAUCAACAAACUAAAUUAGCUUUUCUCCUAUUAAAGUAUGAGAAUCAAAGUAUUAUUUAAUUGUAAACCACUCUUUACAUACCACAUUACUGAAUAUCAUUACUCAUUUUGAAAAUAAAGCUAUUUACUUUGGAAUUUGAAUUUUCUGACUUAUUUCACUGUACUUAUGUACUCACUGUGCUUCAGAACACACUCAAGACUCAGUAGAGAAGAGGGAGGAUGUGUCUAACCUUUUACAUUAAUAGCAGUGGUCACAAAGAUGCUUUGCAGGAACCUUAGACUGCCUUCAUAGUUUAGGGACUAGAUGUAAAGCCUUGUUCCUCUUGAUGUGGUCAACAGGUAGAAGGUGCUGCAUCAUCUGGAUCCUAUUAUAAAACGUAGAUCUCAGGUAUCACACAGAACUGAAUUCAAACUGGAACUUCAACAAGAUGGCCAGAUGAUUCAUAUUAAAGUCUGAGAUGCACAUCUUAACCUCUAGACAUAAAUAAGUACUUGAAAUAGAAGGAAAAAAAUGGCCAAACUGCUGCAGCCUGCAAGAGCAGUCAUCUGCAUAGCUUUUCACAAAAAAAAAUUUACUAGUAAGCAAGUAGGUUUACAUAUUCUUAAGGAUUAAAUAUGCUGAAAUGAAUGUGCUGAAAUUAUAAAACAAGGUACAUACCAGCUGUCAUUGCAUAGAAGAUGCAUCAAUGCAAAGGUUGUGCGGUUUGUGCUGCUUUUCCCACCCACACACCUUCCUCAGUUCUGGUGAACCAUAUCAUAAGGGAAGCUUACUGCAGAACUACUAUCAGUAGGUGUGUCUGGGGUGCUUUGUAUGUUCAUUUUUUUUUAUCACAGUGUAGGUUAGGAAGUGCUGCUAAAGACCUGUAACAAGCUACCAUUCUGUCCCAAACUGGAAAAAAGUCUUACAUUUAUACAUUUUUAAAAAGUAAUUCCUUUUGUUUAUUCUACAUUGCUUUUUAAAACUACACAGAACAUUUUAAAAAUUCCUCAUCCUAAUAUAACCUUUUAAACUAAGAACCAACUAAAGACUGGAAAUCAUCUUUUUCAAAAACAGGGACUGAUUUCCAUCUGAGGACCACACCAACCUAACUAAAAGAAAAAGGCUACUAACCGAACUGAACUUUUUGAUUCUGUACAAAAUAAAAGUAACCAACUAAAAAGCAAACUUAAAUUGUUGUUACUAUAGCCCUGGCUCUACUGCCCUCUGCUGGGUGAGCUGCCUAACUACACCACACAAAUCACUACCCCCUUAAGAGAAUGUCUAACUCUUGUGAAUGUCAUGGUCAGACACUGUGAUGAUGGAGACAAAAGCCCCUGGCCUCAAGAAGUUGACAGUAUAGUUAUGGAAAUAAACUAAUAGAUGUAGUACAUCAGGUAGUGAGUGGUAAGUGCCACAGCAAGAUAUAAAGCAGAGCAAGGGAACAGGAUUCCAGUUUUAACUAGGGUAGUCAGAGAAGGGUCUCUGAGGAGGUAACACUGAAUCAGGCAGGAAGUGAGGAAAUAAAGCGAGGAAGCAGAUUAUGGAAACACCUGGAGCUGAGCAUUCUAGACAAAGGGACAAGUAAGGGCCCCAAGGGAAAUGCCGCCUACUGCCUGCCACACAGAGGAGGGAGCCUGAGCAAGAGCAAUGAGGAGGGCAGGCAGGAGCCCGCUCAGUUGUAGGUGAGGAUUCUGAGGUCCUAAGAUGUGAUUACCUAUGAAAAGGUUCAAGCAAGAUGAUGAACUGACCCAAGUGGGAUGUGAGAGGGGGACUGUCACCAGGCCACAGAAACAGUCCAAGAGAAAUGGAGUGGUAGCUUAGGUGACAAAUGCAGGAGUGUAUAAAGAAAUGACUGAAUUCAAGAGACACCCAGGAAUUGUUUUCAAAUUCUCUAAUAGGUUCAUUCAGGAAUCUAAGGUCGCAUGAUCAAGACUCAAAUUUCUGGCUUCCUAAUCACUAUUCUCAAAAGAUACUGAAAAUAUAUUGUGACUUGACAUCUUUCCAAAUGGCAAAAUAUCCACAAAAUCACAAAAUACUUCAAUGAAGACCCUACUUAAACCCAGUGCAAUGCAAUAAAAACUGUCAGGGACAUUCCAUCCCAAUUUUAGCAUGACCCACACUGACUCUUUAACCUCUGUCUGGAGACUUAAAAGCAUAAUAGUCUGUGUUCCUUACUUAAUGAAGACAUGAUUCUUUAAAAACAUGUUUAGAGAGUGUUUUAGAUUUUUAAAAAAUAUAAUUAUCAUCAAUGAAGAUCCUCUAAAGAAAUACCUGAGUAAAAAAACCUUAAAUUCACACAUAAUCAUACGAACAUAUGCAAUAAACAAAAACCACAUGAAUGUGGGUACAAAGUCCUGGGACUAUCUGGUGGACUAAUACCUCAUGAUAACGUACUUUCAUAGAAUGUAACUGUACUCUUAUCCAACUGCCAGCCGUUGUUCUCCAAUGGGAAUAGGAUAAAGUUUGGUGGAGGGAGAGGGAAGCACUGACUCCAGAAAGGGUAAGGUUGAGACAAGCCAGGCAACCCCACAUCAGUAAGGGAACAGCGGAACAGUUGGUGAGGGUUUGCCUGCCUUCCCAGGACUCUUCCGGCCCAAUCUCUGGACAGGUUAAGGAAUAAGCACCAAAUCAGCAGGAGAUUCCUUAGGUUUUGUAGGUCCCAGCCAAAGACAGGAUGCAGGAUCUUCUCAUGGUAUGUAAGGUUGGUGGACAAGGACCACUGCUGGAUGUGCAGCACAGAAAAGGUAGUCAAUAUUUGUUGAAUAAAUGACUUCCUGAGGUAAAAAAAUGUUUCACUAGGUGUAACAAAUAAUAUUCCUAAAAAAACACAAAAAAACAAUCUAAUGAAAGUAUGUCUUUGUUCCCAAUAUGUAUAAUGAAAAUUUUAUGAUGUCAACUGCCCUAAAUUAUGCCGAUAUUUUAUUACUCUAAAAAUAUUUAGGUCAGAUAAAGAUGGUGGAGUACAAAGACACGGCACUCACCUCCCCGCACAAACACAUCAAAAAUACAUCUACAUGUGGAACAAUUCCCACAGAAAACUAACUGGAAACUGGCAGAACAACUCCUAUACAACCGAGGCUGCAAGAAAGAUAUCCACAUAACUUGGGGAGGAUGGGAAAAGGGCAUUACGUUGGGACCAUCACCCUCAGAAGGGAUCUGAAAGGAAGAGAAGGUCUGUAGGGGCGAACCCUCCCUGCAGGGUGUGCAGGUCAAGCCACAGACUGGGCCUCCCAGUCAUGGGGUCCCACACCCGGUUGAAGACAAGCCCGGAUGGUUGAUGGGUCAACUGCUGGGGCAGACCAAAGGGCUGGGGCUAACAUCCGAAAUAGAGAACAGCUUAUACACUGUGAAAAAACAAC